AUAGUUCAGAGCAGGGCAGCAGAAUUGAAUUCUCACUUUGGGACUGGAGGGCUGAGCGUUCCUUCUUCAGAAGAACAGAGAGGAAAAUGGGUUUGUCUGUUGGGCCUGUAGCAACUGGGAGGAUUGCUCUGAGAUUGUUCUCCUUGUUUAGAACGAGUUAUUGGUGCUGUUUCUAAAUAACAAAUGAUUCCAUGGCUAGUCCUUGUGAAUGUAUUGUUCUUGUCCGAGCUGCUGAACAGAAAUACUUGUGCACUUCUGGUGUGCCAAGGAGCAGCUGCAGCCACCAGCAUUUCAGAGGGAAGGGUAUCCAAGGGCCAUUUCUGAAUGUGCUGGUACAAGAUUUUGCUGUAGUGUGUUGGUCUGAGAUCAGUGAAAUAUGCUUUUCAUUUGAUUCAUGCUGGAGAACAAACAGUCUGGAUAUUCUGAUGCCUCUUGAGGUUGAUCCAUUUUCUUUCAGUGAAGGGAAUGUUUUGCUUGUGGUUAACUUCUUCCUCUGCACCAGUGUGAAAUUUCAUUUUAAACCCAAAAGGCCUUUAUAGUUUCCACCAGACUUUAUAUAUAUUAUCAGGUGUUAGUUAAUCUGUUCUCUUGAACAGUUAGUGUUCCUCUGUCUGCAAGGGUUUGAGUAUCAAAAGUGAAAACCCAGGAACAAGAAGCAGCCAAGUGUAAAUGUCUGUAGAGCCAGGUGGGCUGUGACAGCUGCUGUUUCAAUGUGUCACAUUUGGGGUAAAUUGUUCCACAUUUGCAGUUGCUCUGUGAAGCUCCACGUGAGCCAUUUGCAAGCAUGGAAUGUUUUUUUACAUGGAAGGGAAAGAAGGAAGAUGUGCAGGAGCUGACUGACUCCAGGAAUGAAUCAAACACAAUCAUAGUGUUGAUGUUUAACCAGUGAGAUAAUUCUAGAUCAUGUUAAUUAUAUGAGGCGUGUACAGCACAGAAAACUUCCAUGGAGCUUGGAAGGGGCUUAAGCAGGUAAAGCACUGUGGUUUAUGUUCCCUUUACAGUGAAAUGUUUCUGAAAUGUUUGGGGAAAUCCAGGGGUCAAACAUCCCAUCCCCAUCAGGACCACAUGGAGAGAACUGGUCCCCAAGAAGGCAGGUUUGUGUUUUUCAGAAGAAAGAAGUUGCCCUUCUUGUUUUAUUUAUCACAUACACAAAAUCAGUUUAUGUGUAUUUGAUUUAAACGUAAACUUUCCUUUGAGGUUUAUACUGCAUUGUGUUUGUGAAAGAAUUUUCAAUAACUUCUCAUCCUAGUUUAAAACUAUUAAAAGCAGCUUUAGGUAAUCAAUACCUGCACUACGGCAGGAAAUCAGACCUAUUGGCAACUGUUGUUUUAUGUUUACUAGUUUGAACUCUGGCCUCUGAAAAUUCAUGUUCUAGUUUCUCUAAAGCUUUUCUGGUCUUAAAUACCUUCCCUGGGAGAUUUGCUUAUUCCUGCUCCCUUGUUGUUGACUCAACCUGACUUUUUUGCUUAAAAGAAACCUUUAUUAAUCUGUCAGGUUUAAGAGCUAUGAGAAAUGGUUUUCUGGGCCUAGAAAAUAAAAAUACAGGUUUCUACACAGAUGACAAUUUUUUAAAUGCUGUAUUUUUAGUAUUACAAACAUUUUUUUGAACUGUGUUGGAUAUUUGGUUUUGAGUGGGCAGAGCAGCAAUGUGGAGAGAGAGUGGGAGAGAUAGAUCCAUAGAUGUAUGGAAGAUGGUGGGGAUAGAUUGCAAAUAAUUUAAUCUGUGAUUAUGAAAACUACAAGUCAUUGCAUUUCUGUAGAGUUAGUGCCUUUCACAGUCUGGAUUUUAGAGGAACCUGGCCUUAGAGGAUUCAGAUGAAUUUUCUUCGUUACAAUCACGAAUCACUUGACUUUUGCUUUCAGAGACGAAAAUGACAGUUUUCCCCUUUAUUUCAGGAUACCUUUGAUCUGUCAUAUGUGGGAAGAACGCUAAGAGAACUGUCUAAAAAUGGGUGUUAAAACCUUCACUCAUAACUCCCCUGCUCACAGCCAGGAGAUGCUGGGGAAGCUGAACAUGCUGCGGAACGACGGCCACUUCUGCGACAUCACCAUCCGCGUCCAGGACAAGAUCUUCAGGGCACACAAGGUGGUUCUGGCAGCCUGCAGUGACUUUUUCCGCUCCAAACUGGUUGGCCAAGCAGAGGAGGAGAGCAAGAGCGUGUUAGACCUGCACCAUGUGACAGUGACAGGGUUCAUCCCUCUGCUGGAGUACGCCUACACGGCCACGCUGUCCAUCAACACCGAGAACAUCAUCGACGUGCUGGCUGCCGCCAGCUACAUGCAGAUGUUCAGCGUGGCCAGCACGUGCUCGGAAUUCAUGAAGUCCAGCAUUUUGUGGAAUACACCCAACAGCCAGCAGGAGAAGGUGCUGGAUGCAGGACAGGAGAACAGUGCAAACUGCAAUUUCACGUCCCGGGAUGGCAGCCUGUCUCCCGUGUCCUCCGAGUGCAGCGUGGUGGAGAGAACCAUUCCCGUGUGCCGGGAGUCUCGGAGGAAGCGCAAGAGUUACAUCGUCAUGUCUCCUGAGAGCCCCCUCAAGUGUAACACACAAACCAGCUCCCCACAAGUGCUCAACCCUUCAACCUCCUACCCUGAGCCCAGAAAUCAGCCCGUGGACUCGUCCUUAGCUUUUCCCUGGACUUUUCCUUUUGGAAUUGAUCGAAGACUUCAGUCAGAAAAGGUGAAGCAGGCGGAGAACUCUAGGACUUUGGAAAUGCCUGGGCCCUCCGAGUCUGCCAGGAGGAUGGCAGAGUAUGUGACUUGUGAGAGCACCAAAGGCAGCUCUCCCCUGGUGAUCGAGGAGGACGUGCGUGUCAAGGUGGAGCGGCUGAGUGACGAGGAGGUUCACGAGGAGGUGUCACAGCCUGUGAGCGCGUCCCAGAGCUCCCUGAGUGACCAGCAGACUGUCCCGGGGAGCGAGCAAGUGCAGGAGGAUCUCCUGAUCAGCCCCCAGUCCUCAUCUAUAGGCUCAAUAGAUGAGGGGGUUACAGAGGGAUUGCCCACACUCCAAAGCACCUCUGGCACUAACGCUCACGCAGACGACGAUGAUCGUCUGGAGAAUGUUCAGUAUCCCUACCAACUCUACAUUGCUCCUUCCACCAGCAGCACAGAGAGGCCCAGCCCAAACGGUCCCGACAGACCCUUUCAGUGUCCCACGUGCGGGGUGCGCUUCACUCGCAUUCAGAACCUAAAACAACACAUGCUUAUCCACUCAGGCAUUAAACCCUUUCAGUGUGACCGCUGUGGGAAAAAGUUCACCCGAGCUUACUCGCUCAAGAUGCAUCGCCUGAAGCACGAAGGUAAACGCUGUUUCCGGUGCCAGAUAUGUAGUGCCACUUUCACUUCCUUCGGGGAAUAUAAACACCACAUGCGGGUUUCCCGGCACAUUAUCCGCAAGCCUCGGAUUUACGAGUGCAAAACAUGCGGCGCCAUGUUCACCAACUCUGGAAAUUUAAUCGUUCACCUGAGGAGCUUGAACCAUGAAGCGUCAGAGCUAGCAAACUACUUCCAGAGCAGUGACUUCCUAGUACCGGACUACUUAAACCAGGAACAAGAGGAGACCCUCGGGCAGUAUGAGCUAGGGGAGCAUGGCUUUGAAAGCAACUCUUCUGUCCAAAUGCCUGUCAUUUCACAGGUGUCAUCAACUCAGAAUUGUGAAAGCACUUUCCCCUUGGGGUCUCUGGGUGGGUUGGCAGAGAAGGAAGAAGAUGUGCCAGAGCAGCCAAAGACUAAUGCCACUGCUGAGGCAGCCGCGGGUGACCCUCCGAAACCGGAGCUGUCAUCGAUUACUAUCGAAUAAUUCAUGGUUUGGUUUCAUUUUUGUUCUUUGGAAAGUGCCUGUGUUUGGUCCUGUACAUUUUAAUUUAAUUUUUUUAAACGAAAAGUGGGGAGAUUUUCCCCUUUUUACUUUGUAAGCUACGCUUUAAACUGAAAACUGCGACAGAUGUUACAUUAUUUUUCAUGACUGAAUGAUUGCGUCUGUGAAAAUAUUUAAGACUGAUUGCACAAAAAAAGAUCUUGUCAGAACAUCCUGGAAGCUGUGAUACACUUCUAAAGAAGAACAACUGAUCCAGAUCACUUUAACUAUUCCUUCUUCCACAGUUAGAGCAGCUCAUUAAGUUUCUCUUGCUUCUGCAGGCCCUCUGGUUAAGGGAAAGAAAUCAGAGGAAACCUUUCUUCAAAUGAUAAACAAAAGGAUGCAUUGGAAACCAUGAUUGAACAGUUUUGACUAGUUUUGAGUGGAUGCUUUAAUCUUCUGCAUAAAGAAGUGACACUUCCUAUAUGUGCCUGCUGUUUUUCAAAGCCCUCACUGUGCCCUGUGCUUGGGAAUGGUGAGUGGUUUUGAAAGGAACAGUCACACACUUCUUCAAAACACGCAUCCCUGUCCAGCCCAGAUGAAUGCCAGGUAUUCCUGCUUCUUCUGUUCCAGUCCUUUCAGAAACUGCUUGAUCAAAUAGCCUAAACACAUCUGCCCAGCUGAGGUUAGGCAUGGAAAGUCUAAAGGUGCACCAGGAAUUGGGAAUGAUGGAAAAGUGUUUAGCCAUGCAAGCCUGACAAAUAUCUCCUGACUGUAUCUGUCUGUAGAUGGGGAACCACAAAGGAAAAUGAAGGUUUUCCCAAACUGAAAUUUUUAACCCAUGGCCAGAUUAUUUGCAGUUCUGAUCACUGCCCCCUCACAUACACACUGUGAUUUUACUAAUCAGAGAGUGAGCUAGAGGGAAUUUACAGAUUGGAAAAAAUAAGCUCUUUUAUGCAUUAUUGCAUAUUUUUUUCGUUUAUACAUAGGUAUGUAUAGUUUCAGAGAUUUUUAUUAGCCUGUUUUAGACAAAACAAGCAAUUUAUUCUCUCGAAGGACAACUUUCUAACCAACAGGGGGUUGUUUACAAGAAGCUAUAGAGCAAUGAUGAAUUGUUCCUGUUUCAAAACACUUUAAAUCCUUGCCAACUCGGUUUAUUAAAGGCCAUUACUCCAGCUACACACACAGCUCAAGCAAGCAAUAAACCGAAAUACUUGCAAUUUCAUUUUUCCAUAUUUAGAAAAAGCUACAAAUGGAGGGUGUGGGAUUUUCAGGGCAGUGAGUCUUGUUUGGUCGAGGCUGUUUGGGCUCAAGUGCUGCUUUGAAACCUAAAUUAGGAAGUACAUUAGGAGAGUUGUGAUUUUUCUUACAGCUUCUGAAGUUAACUCAGUGUUUGAUGCCAAAUGCCCACGGCCUACAGAUGAUGUGCUGAGUGAGUAGGUAUUGCUUGAUCUCAGUAUUCCAAAGGCAUGAUACACUCCCUUAGUUCUGAGUCUUGUUUUUUUGUAAAUUGUUAUUUUCUGGCCAGAUUUGCGUUAUGCAAACAUGAGGAGAAAAUGAAACCAAUAGAGAAAGGUUGCUCCUGAAGAAACAGAAGACACAAAAGUUGUAUUAUAUUGCACAUCAAUUUGUAUUCAGUCAGCCUAGGCAACUCUGAUACUCUCUGGGACUGAGUUCUUUCUAUUAAUAGCCAGCUUUUGUAAGGAAAAAAGUUUAUUGACCUUUGGAAAGUGUUUAAAGGGUUUCAGUGGCUUCAACAAUUUUUCUCUUUUUAGGUAAAACCCACAUAUUUUAGUUAAAUAGAGUGAAAACAGUUGGGAUUUAAAUACUUUCCAAGUUGCUGGAAUGAGGUUUCUCCAGCAGAUCCAAAGGGUGGUUUAGAAACAUGCUGCAAAGUUCUGUGCUGCAAUUCAGUCUUGAUUAUAUCUACCUUUGUGAUGUUUCUGAAAAGGGCUUGAAGGAGAAAUGCUUUUUCUGGGCUGCUGUACUGUGAAAUAGCCCAGUGCCUGUUGAUGAGCUGAAUUUAGAGACCAUUCCUCUUCCACUUCUGAUUUCUCUGAGAAGCCAGUGAGACAAGACAAUGCCUUUGGCUGAGCUUUAUUCUGAACUAGAGGGCUACAACACUGAACUCAAAUACAGCACUUUCUCUUUUUCCUGAUGUAUUAUGCAGCUAAAUGAGAGUCCUUUGUGAUUUGUGUUCUGAAAAGUGCUUCACCCAAACCACAUUUCCUGACUGCAGAGAUGUAAUAAUCAAAGGUGGUCAGGUAGGAGGUGGAGGACAUAAUCUGAUCAUUAGAAUCUGAUCAUUUUCAUCCCUGAAGUAUUUUGCUAAAUUGGUGAGAAGGUACAAAUACACCAUAGACAUAUCUGGGUAUUGGAUUUUUAAAAUUUUGAGUCAGAAGGCAAAUUGCUUUCAGAAUACCAAAGAGAAGGGGGAAAGUUGCAAAGACUUCAUAGCUCUGAUCUGUUCUUCCUUGAAAAGAAAUAAAGAUCAUUAACACCGAGGUACAAGACAAGGCCUGGGGUUCAUUAUUCAUUGCACUGUGUGUUCCACAUUAUCUUUUCAACCUCCUAAUCUCUGGGUAACAUCUUAAUUUAGUUCUCACUUUUCAGUCUGGUUCAAAUGGAGGAACAAUAGAGUUCGUGGAGGAUUUUGUUUGGUUGGUUUAGAAUUGGGUUUACUUGUUAAUCUUCCUGUCUGUAAUUGUUUCUUGUUAAUAUCUCUUUUCUCCAUAGAAAUGAUUACAGUUUAAAUGCAAACACUGUUUUAUUUCUCCUCUCUAACUUGUUGGAAGUGUUCAGUUCUUUGAAAUGCUGGUGUUCUUCACAAGAGAGAUGCAAAAACAUCUUAAAACAAUUUAUGUUGCUAAUGAGCUUGGAUUCCAAACAGAGCAAGAGAGAUAACUAAAUAAAAUAGAAAAAACUUGCCUUAAACUUGGGAUUAAACCUAAAACAUAAUUUUUUUUCAGUACAUUAUCAGAGAGUUUUGAAUUCUGGGAUGCAUUUUCUUCUUUGUUUUUUUUUUCCCUGUCCCCCCAAAAAUCCAUUAUUUAGUAUGCAUUUAAAUGUCUGCUUGACAAGGGUUGAUGUGGUUCAGCCACGAGUGGUGUUUCCACAGCUGGAGUUCAGUUGUCAGGCUCGCAGAGACCACGGCCAGUCUCUCAUACUGAGAGAUCAGUAGACUCUUGAAAAUGGUUCUGGGUUCACAUGGAUUCUGAGUCUAAAAGGUGUGAAUUUAAACUUUUUAAAAAAGUAAUAGCUGCCAAUGCAGUCAAAUAUAUUUUGUAAGACUAUGAUCCCUAUAUGUCCCCUGCGGGAUGAAGUUUUAUUGUUUUUAAGCUAUGGUUUAAGGGUUUUAUAUGAGGGCUUCAGGCGCCUCUUGGCUCCACCCUGCAGCCCAGGGUGUGGGAGCACCGAGGGGAGUGCUGGUCUCUCUCAGAGACAAAGCAGGAAGCAUUUUAUAUGCAAAUCCACUGGGAGCUUUGUGCACCCUGCAGGGAUGAGAGAAUUCAGAUGGAGGAGCACCUGCUGCUCCUGCAUCCAUUGCAACUUCCACACCAUCACAAAAUGGAAAACUGCUGAUUUUCAUUCAGGCCGGUUCUGUUCGAGUUUUGCUCACAAGGUGAAAUUCUGUUUUGGAGGGUUCUCAUCUCCAACUGUAGACAUAAUAAAUCCCAUAGCAUCGUGAUGGCAGGUAAGAGGGUUCAAGGCCAGACAGGACCUCAGCCACAUCAGAGGUACCUGGUAAAUAGAGUAGGUUUCAAGUAUUUGAGGAAAUGUACCAUAAAAGAAAUAAAUGUGAAUUUUUUUUUAGUGCAACAGUACUUCCUGCUCCGGGUUUUUGUUCACUCUGUGUGCUAGCGCAGUAACUCCGUGUCCCACAGGUCUCAGCUACAAAUCUGGUUGCACUAAAAAAAAGAAAAAAUUAAAAAAGUGGAAUCUGGUGCUGCCAGCUUGUGUGGCAACUGUACCUACAGUCUUCCUGAGGGUUGCUGAAGUCCCCAGAGGAGUGAUUUUGUUUCACCAUUCAUUUAGCUGAUGCAUGCUUUUGAUAUUCUGACCUGUAAGCCUGGCUACACCGAGUCCUUGGACAGCUUCCCUGCUCUGCUCCUGCAGUGCCUUCACUCGAGGUGCUGCCCCAUGGUGAAACCCCAAAGAGGGAAAAGCGGAAGCUGGAGGGGAAAAAAAAAAAAAUGUGAAUUAAAUUAUUGUUGGGCUUCUUUGUGCAUUUUUAGUAACAGUGAAACCCCCUUAACUGUGCCAGUCUCCAGUCACCAGCCGUAUAUCCAGUCAUCAUCUCAUCCACAGUACAGCUUCUCUUGUUGAUGCUGGCCACAGCUAGAUUCCUUGGCAUGUUUAUUGACCUAACAGAAUUGGUUUUGGGUUUUGGUUUUGUUUUUUAAUGUAUACGAUGUUUAAAUACACUUCACAUUUUAUAUAAUACUAUCUGGCUAUUAGUAUUUUUCAGGAACCAUAGUUCUUGGUGGCUAUAUAUAUUUUUGUGACUUUUUUUGUAAACUAAGUGCCGUUUCAACGUUACAAUCAUUUUUAGAGUUAUUGUAAUCAAUGUGAAUAUCAUGUUUUUUCAAAUCUGUUCUGAGCCUGUAGUGUUUGCUUUGUGAUCAUACGUGUAAUGUAUAUAUUCUGUAUAGUUACAUUGUAUUGAAAUACUAGCUUGUUUGAUAUAAGAAAAGUAUGUAUUGGGUACCUUUUUGCUAGCCUGGUUGUUUAAUCUUUAAAAAAAAGUUCCAAAAUACAAAAAAAAAAAAAUCUCCAAACUGGUCCCAUUAUAGGUCAAAAUUAAGGGGGGAGAAAAACUAGUUUUGAGUGUCUUUGGAUAGAAACAUGAAGCUAAGAUUUUUCAUUAAAAUAUUAAUGUUUUAUGGAGUA